CGAAAUCAGAUCUUGGACUGUAUCGCCCAAUUUAAAAACUAUUUUGGUCUUGGACAUGAGAAUGUGGACGGUCAAUCCGUUUCAAUAUUCUGAGCGAUUAUAGAAUUCUAGGUAGAUUCUGGGUCUUCAUCCCUAAUUAAGAAUGUUAGUUGAACAAUGGGGUGGUUGGCAUCUGAUCCGAGAUUCAUUACAGCACGACACUCGUGUACUGUUCUUCAGCUUACUGACCAGUGAGUCAAUCGGAUGCCAUUAUUAAUACUGCUUAAUUUUCUUCUGCUGAGCACGGUUCGAAACAAUUGAAGCAUGGCAGAAGGGUUUGGGUUUGGAAAACUGGUUGCAAUAGCAAUUGUUUUGCUUGCAAUAUACGUAGCGACUGAUCCAUUUGGCCACAGUGCUAUUGCAAACUUUCCCGACUUCGAAGCAUAUGCUGUCGAUGGCCCAUCAUGGUCAGAAACUCCUGUAGCAAAUGAUGCUGAAAACAGGCUCCAAAGGUCUGAAAUAAAGUUCCUGAACCAAAUCCAGGGGCCUGAAAGCCUGGUGUUCGACCUCCAGGGGAGGGGGCCCUAUACCGGCGUUGCCGAUGGUCGCAUAAUGUUUUGGGACUCCCAAAAUUGGUCAGAGUUUGCACAUACAUCUCCUAACAGGUCAGAGCUCUGCAAGCCUGGGCCAACUCCCAUGGCAAAUGUGAAGUAUGAGCACAUAUGUGGUAGGCCUCUGGGUCUGCGGUUCAACAAGAGGACAGGUGAUUUGUACAUUGCAGAUGCUUAUCUUGGACUGCUUAUGGUGGGACCUCAAGGUGGGCUUGCCACUUCUCUUGUUAGGGAAGUGGAUGGGAUUCCUCUGGGAUUCACUAAUGAUCUUGACAUUGAUGAGGAAGGAAUUGUUUAUUUUACAGAUAGCAGUGCCAAGUAUCGUAGAAGGAACUUCAUGCAGUUGGUAUUUUCAGCAGAAAAUUCAGGGAGAAUAUUGAAAUACAACCCACAAACCAAGGAAGCUAGUGUGCUGCUUAGUGAUGUGCAGUUUCCAAAUGGGAUUUCUUUAAGUAAGGACGGAUCCUUUUUUGUCUACAGUGACUCUUGUGCUGGAAGGCUCAAGAGGCAUUGGUUAAAAGGUCCCAAAGCAGGUACAACAGACAUCUUUGCAGUUUUGCCAGGACAUCCUGACAAUGUACGGACCAAUGAGAAAGGUGAAUUUUGGGUGGCUUUACACUGUCGCCGCAAUCUUUAUUCCCAUAUCAAUAGUUUGUAUCCGAGAUUAAGAAAAGCAAUUUUGAAGCUCCCAAUUCCCAUAAAGUACCAAUAUCAAAUGCAUGUUGGAGGAAGGCUUCAUGCUGUGCUUGUGAAAUAUAGUCCAGAUGGAGAACUUCUUGAAAUUUUGGAGGACAAAGAGGGAAAGGUUGUGAGAGCAGUUAGUGAAGUGGAAGAAAGGGAUGGAAAGUUGUGGAUGGGAUCUGUUUUGAUGUCUUUUAUUGCUGUGUAUUAAUGCGGCCAGUGUUUUCCACAAAUGAAGAGAAAGACUUGUUGGCAUCACAAUUUACUGUUUUACAGUGACAAAAGUCAUGAGAGACAGAACUUGGAGGAUGCAAUAAUUCCAAGUUCAAGGAUCUUAGGUAUUAUAUAGAUGGAUGAUCAUUGCAUGCUUGAUAUACCAUCUGUAUCACAUAAAACCCUCCUUUUUUUUUCCAAAUUUAGGAUUUGAAAUCCUAAGGAGGUAGUUUGAAAAAUUAAGAUUGAUUAAAUGUUCUUGAGCUUU